CGCCUGUCAACAAAACAGCUGACGAGGAUAGUUUUUUACGGCGACCGGAAUGAAACACAAAAAGUGGCAAAUCCGCAGCCAAAUCCAGUGAAAAGAGUCGCAAAGUGCGCGUGGAACGUGGCAGAUUAGCGGGUGGCACAGGAAGAGACACAGAAUGUUGCUGUGGCGCUGGAUUUUCCCCUUCUGCUGUGUCCUCGUGGCAGCGGAGGCUCGUCUGCUGGAGGGAUUGUACUGCGGCAGAGAGAAUUGCUAUGAUGUGCUCAAUAUCACGAGGGAGGCGACGAAGCAGGAGAUAUCCAAGUCCUACAGACAGCUGGCGAAGAAGUACCAUCCGGAUCUGCAUCGCGGGGAGGCGGCUAAGAAGGAGGCCGAGGAGCAAUUCAAAGCAAUCGCCACGGCUUAUGAGAUUCUGCGGGAUGACGGUUCUCGCGGAGACUACGACUACAUGCUGGACAAUCCACAGGAGUACUAUGCCCACUACUAUAGAUACUAUCGUCGCCGGGUGGCGCCCAAAGUGGACGUGCGACUGGUUCUGUUCGUGACAAUCUCUGUGAUCUCUCUGAUUCAGUACUUUAGCUGGUGGCAGCGCUACGAAUCCGCCAUAAAGUACUUCAUGACUGUGCCAAAGUACCGGCACAAGGCGCUGGAGAUUGCACAGCAGCAGGAGACGGCGCGGAUGAGCAAGAAAACGGGAAAGCAGCGCUUGUCGAAGACGGAGCAGAAAGAGGAGACGGAUAAGCUGGUGAGGAAAAUCAUCGAGGAGAACAUGGACAUCCAAGGGGCCUACGCUAAGCCCAGCAUUUGGGAUGUUCUCUGGGUGCAACUUAUCAUCUCUCCGUACACAAUCACCAAGUGGGUGGCCUGGAACGUACGCUGGUUCUGGAAGUUCAUCCUCUUGCGGCAGCCGUACGGCGAGGAAGAGAAGUACUUCAUCAUCCGGAAGUACAUGAAGAUGGGCCAGCAUAAGUUCAAUGCCAUUGAAGAGAGCACGAAGAGGGAGUACUUAGAGCUGGAACUGUGGAAGAAGGAGAACUUCAACCAGUGGAAAUUCGAACAAGAAGAGGCGAUGAAGAAGGAACUGGCCCAGAAGGCAUCGUACAGAUCAAUCCGGCGAUACAUGAAGUCUCAUGGGCCCGGCAGAAUAACAUUCGAAGACUAGUUCUCCAUCGCAUAUCGUCAAUCGUCCUCAUUUUUUAUACUUUGCACCUGUUUUCUAUUUAUAAACAAGGGUAAAUGUUCUGGAAAAAUGAUAAAGAAAAACACUGUAUUGUUGUGCGCGAUUAGAAUAUUCAAAAACAAAA